UCACCACGUUACAGAAGAAAAAGCAGGACUUCAAGCGAGGCGUUUCAGGCAGUUCAGAUGCAGUGCAGCUGUAGCUCUUCAGCAGGACACCUUUCAGCGCCUUACUGGAGUAGAACAGUGCUCUUCCCUGACUGGGCCUACAAACCAGCCUGGUCGCCGGGCUCCCGACAGGUCCAGCUGUGGCACUUCCUGCUGGAGCUGCUGGGGCGGGGCGAGGGCGGGGCCAUCGGCUGGGGAGGGGAGUGGGGCGAGUUCGUCAUCCGGGACCCCGAGAGACUGGCCAGGCUGUGGGGGGAGAGGAAGGGCAAACCACACAUGAACUACGACAAGCUCAGCCGGGCGCUCAGAUACUACUACAACAAACGCAUCCUGCACAAGACCAAAGGGAAAAGAUUCACCUACAAGUUCAACUUCAGCAAACUCAUUCUGGUCAACUAUCCAGGAUACCCACCACCACCUCCACCUCCACCUCCACCUCCACCACCACCACCACCCAGCCAUCAGUUGGUGCAGAGCGGCCCUCUUCCCUUUCCUCUCCUCCCCGCUGAGAGUGCUCUUCCUCUGUGUGGAGGAGCAGGCUCGGUGAUGGACAGAGCAGUCCAUCCUGUGCCUCACCCCUUCCUGCUCCCGUGCUGCCUCCCUAAGCCCAUCCAGACACCCCGGGCUCUCCACGGACAUUUCCCCUUCAUCUCCAUCCCUGCACGUCCGGGGGCCAACCUGAGGGAGUCAGGCAUCCCACCUCUCCCCUCGACCCUCCACGUCAGUGCCAGCGGCUGGCCCCACAAGAGCCCCACGGCGUGGGAUCUGCACCACAUCAGCCGAAGCCUGUUUGGUGGAGUGAAGCAGACUGAAAUUCAAGGAGAGGAGAGGAGAGCGGGGAAUGUUGCACAGAUGGGGGAGAGAGAGUGAGGAAGAGAACCAAACUACAACAGAUGGACUGCUUUUUCCUCCUCAGAUCUCUCAAAUCGAACUUUUUUUUUUUUUAGCUCAUUGUACAGUAGUUUAUUAUUCAUUUUAUUUAUUAAGUUGGGUGUGUGUGUGUGUGUGUGU